GCUUCCCGUACCAUGGUCGGAUUGCACAGCAUAGCAGGGGGCAAGCUCUACAUGGCGAGACAUGCGAAGAGAUGAGCGUCUGAACAACGAACGUCACUGGUCGAAACCAUUCUCAGCGGUAUGUUGAGCACGAAUACAAUCAAGAAUUCUGCAGGGGGAGGAAGGCUAAUGCGGGCAACCCUGCUGAUGUUGUUGUGUUGCCUGCUCCAUAGUGGAGGAUCAGUACCGCUGGAGGCAACAAUUAUAGCCGUAGACAACUCGAUGCAUAUGAUCAAUGGUGACCAUCGGCCAAAUCGCUUCCAGUGUCAGCAAGAAUGUGUCAAUCUGAUCUGCAAUGUGAAGACGCAGAACCCAGAGAAUACGAUCGGAUUGAUGACGAUGGCGUGCUUACCAAACGAAUAUCCUUGUGUGCACAUCGCUCCAGCGAUGAACCAGGAUGGAGAUCUGAUCCAGCAUCUUCUUGAAAAACUAGGGAACGAUCUGAGUUACGAAAUGCGCUUUGAGGAGUCGAUGAAGAUAGCUUGGGCAAGCCUGAAGCAUCGCAUGAACAAGAAUCAAAGACCCAGGAUCGUGGCCUUCGUUGCGGGCCCUCUAGAAAUCCAGGAUCAACAAGAUCUGAUCAAAUUCGGCAAGAAGCUUCGUAAGAACAACGUCGCCAUCGACAUCAUCAGCUUCGGGGACUCCCCCCGGCAUAACACACCUGUCCUAACGGCGUUCUUGAACGCCGUCAACAGAGACGGAAACAGCCACUUGCUAUCGAUGCCUCCUGAGCAGUGCCCGCCCGGAGGGCUCUCGGAUGUUCUCUUCACCUCUCCGAUCCUAACAGAGGCGAGUGCUCCUCAGGCUCCAAAUCAGCAGGGGGCGAGUCCAGCCGCCCCGGACUUUGCGGAGUACGGUGGCAUCAAUCCGCAGCUCGACCCGGAGCUCGCUAUGGCACUCAAGAUGUCGGCAGAGGAAGAGACGACACGCCGCGAGACUCAAGCUCGCCGUGAGCGAGAAGCUCUGGCUCGAUCAGCGGCGGCUGCGUCGAAGGAAGCGGAAGCUGCCAAGCAAGUAGAGGCACCCUCCACACCAGCUGCUGUUACUGCAGCAACCAACUCUACUGCUGCUGCCGAACCACACGCAAAUGCCGAUGAGAAGAUGGAAGAAAACAGCGAAGAAGAGCAGCUCCGUCGAGCUAUCGAGCUGUCUAUGAUGGAUCAAGAUGUUGAUAUGGAGCGUGAGAAUGAGAAAGAUUCGUAACGUCAUCGCAAAGAAUUUCUUGGGUCGAACAAGCACAAAUGAAUUAGAGUAAAAUGGGGAAUUCGUCAC